AUGUCGUUCGAAGACAACAAGCUUGCCGACACGGACGAGGCGAAGCCCAAUUCAAUUUUGAAGCCGUCGGUCUCUGACUUGCUGAGGACGGCCAUUGCAGCCGCGACGGACCCUGUGCUGAAGGCGACUCUGGAGGCGGAGCUGGCCAAGCUGCUGCCCCAGCAGACCACGGCUCCCACGGCGUCGUCCGUCGAGCACGCCCGCAGGGCGGAUGCCGCCCUCAGGGACGCAGAGACCAAGCACGACCAGGCUGUCAAGUCGGUGGUACGGUUGCGAGGGGCUUUGGCCGCUGCAGAGGCCAAGGAGGCCACAGCGGCGCAGGCUCUCGUGGUCGCCACGGCGGCGAGGAAGGAGGCUGUCAUGCACCUGGCGGCGGCAGAGGGCGUAGGCGCCGAGGCUGCAGGAGGUGCUGGCGGGCCGAAGCUCAACCUGUCCUGGGACGAGAAGCUCUUCGAUGACCUGGAGGGUUUCGAAGAGGGCGAGAAGCAAGCCAUGAUGAAGCUCUCGAAGGCUGAGAUCAAGAAGUGGCUCGAGAAGGCCGCGGAGGUCAAGGCCACCGUCAACGAGAGGCUCCGCAAGAAGAGGCGCGCAGAGCCCGCUGUUGAGGAGGAGCCGUCGCAAGCUCCAGUGGGCGGCGAGGACGGCAGAGGUGAUGGACCCGCACAGGCAGCUGACGCCACCCCAGCAGCGGCCGAGGCCCCAGAGGCCAAACGGGCCCGAGAAGAGAGGGAGGCGGCCACCCGUGCUGAGGCGGCCAAGAUUUCCCAGGGCAAGAUCGCAGCGGAGACGGCCAAG